AUGGUUUGAUUUGUAGAAUGCCGUCAUGUUUGUUGUCCUAAUCCACCUUGCAAAAUAAUUUAUUCCUUAAAACUAAUAAUUUAUACGGUAUAUGUAUUCAUGGAACUGUGUAAAUAAAUUUCAGUCCAUUAUUUAUUAAUCAAACGAUUAUUAUGUAUUAAACAGACUUUGUACGCCUAAUGCUGUCAUUUGUAUAUAAUGGCGUCGGAGGCCGAAGCUUCUUGUGAAAGUGAUCCAAACUUCGCGAUAAUUUGUGCAUUUUUGGAGAAAUUCGGUGAAUUAUGUGGAAUUGGGACUAUAGAUUUCAUUGAGCUUCAAAAUAUGCUGGAGAAUAAUCUUGAAGUUCCUCUGGAAUUAAUGAACUUACAUAUCAAACUUCUAAGGAAAACCAAGAAAAAUGUAACAGUUGAGAGAUGGGAAAGAGCACUUGUAAAUAUGUGUCAUAGUUAUUCUUCAAAAGAUGCAUGGGAGAUUGAAAGAUUUGGUUACAAGAAAACUAGAUUGCAAGUUAAGCUAAGAGCACUCAAGGAACUACUUGAGAUGCAGUUUGAUUACAAUACAAAAUUCAAAAAUGAAGUAAAUAAAAUGAGUGCAGGGUCAUUACGUGCCCAGCCUUUGGGUAGAGACAAGUUAGGCAGAGCAUAUUGGUUUCAGACAGACAACAAUUAUCAAAUUAGGAUUUAUAAAGAAGAUCCUGAUGAAGAGACAUGGCAUUUAAUAGCAAAGGACAGGGAAGGUUUAUUAUCACUCAUUAAUGAGUUAGCAGAUGGAGAUUCUAAACUCAGUUCAGACUCUGCCUUGAAUGAAGAUAGCAACAGCCUGUCAGAAAAACCUUUCCUUGAUACUGGCCAAUCUGAUAACUCGAAUGAAACCAAGUCAAAAGAUAAUGAUAAUUCUGAUGGCAUUAAAAGUGAAGAAAAAGAUGUUCCAAAUUCUGAACAGAAAUCUGACAAAGACGAUUGUAAAAAUACAGAAUUCAGACAAGAAACACUUCAUAAUGAAGACGUACAAGCUAAUAAAGCAGCUGUUAUGACAGACAAAGAUGAAGAGUUUUGUGAUGACGUAGAUGAAGAAGAGGAGGAGUAUGAAGAUGAAGAAGAGGAAGAACCAGGUGAAGCAGAUAUAAAAGAAGAAGUUAAAAGACCUAUUCUAAGGAUAAAAGCACUGAGUGAGCUUAUGGAGAAGCCCAAGGAAUCUAGAAAAGCUAAUUUUCUCCCAGAUUUUCCUGAAUUGACAAUCAUUAAGAAGCCAAAGUUGGAUUCAUCUCAAAUUACAAUCACAAAAGUACCAAAAGGCCCUCCAAUGCAGAAGGAGAUUAAAGUUUCUCCAGCCAUUGAGUCUCCCGUUAUGAUAAUAAAAGGAAGUGGCUCUGGAGCCGACAACAAGAGUUGUAAUAUCAUUGUGAGCCAGGAAAUUGAAGAACCUGUAAUGUAUGUCUCAGGCAGCGGUUCUGGCAAUGACUGUCAAUCAGGCAAUGAAAACAAAUCUGCGGAACAAGAAGUAGAAAUCAAUCCUAUAGUUGACGAAGAAAUUGAAGAACCUGUAAUGUACAUUUUUGGAGAAGGUUCUGGAGAACAUUGUCUUGCAGGUAAAGAAACUUAUGAAGAAAUCAUUGUGAGUGAAGAAAUCGAGGAAGAGGUUAUGUACAUCUACGGAGAAGGUUCAGGUUGCGAUUCACAGACAGGAAAUGAAAAGGAACAGACUACAACACCGGAAACUGAUAAAUCUAAAAAUAGUGAUGCUUGCACCUUGCAAACUUCUAAAUUGAACACCAGUGAAGCCCCACACAAAGUUCCUAUAGAUAGCGUUAAUAUAGAUACAAUAAUAGAUUCUAAGACUGAGAGUGAAAUCCCCGAUAAAAGUGAAAAACAAAAGGAGGAGAAUGCUUCUCCUGUUAAGAUGCAAUUUUUCUUUGGUCCCGGUUCUCUAAACAUCAAACCAAAUCCGUUAUUGAACACAAGUGCAUCUGAAGACGAAACUGAAAAACCUGAUAGCAACAACGGUUCAGUUCUGGAAGAAAACAAAGAGAAAAAAGAGGCAAAUGGUGAAUAUCAAGGUGCAGGUGAUAAUGUGGAAAUCGAAGAAAAAGUAGGGGACAUUUCAGGACAAGAAGAAAAUAAAGUGCCUUCGUCCAAAUGUUCUGAAUCUCCGGAUACAGAACAGAAAACCGAAAAUAAUAAAACAGAAGAAACAAAUAAAAAUGAUUCGGUGCAUGAGGAAAUCGAAGAAGAGAACUCGUCUUUCAAAGAGCAAGUUGAGACUGUUGGUGAAAAAGAUGAACCCGAAGAGGAUGAAGCUAACGUAAGGGAAGAAUUAAUAAAUGCGAAAAUUGUGGAAGAAUCUGAAAAUGACAAAUCAGAAGAAGCUAACUCUGAAACAAUUGAGUCAUCACAAACGAACGAGUUGAGCUUGAAGCAGGAAAAUUCAAAGGAAGAUGAACAAACUUCAAAAGAAGCAGAGACACUAAAAGAAGUGGAAUCAUCUGAAGAAAAUGUUCAACAAAAAACUAACAGUACUGAAGGAGAUAAUACUGAAGGAAGUGAAAAGGAAGAGGACAAAAUAACAGAACCAGAAAAAACAGAAGAGAGUCCACAAAAAGACGAGGUGGAUGAAUCAACUAAAGAUAAAAAAGAUGUUGAAGAGUGUAAAUCAGUAACUGGUGAUGUCACUGUUGAAGAUAAAGAAGAUGAGAGUAAAGAACUCAAAAAAGGCGGCGAAAGUGAAGCAACCGAUGAUAAAACAUUCGGAAUUCAAGAAACACAAAAAAACAUCGGUGAUACAGAAGAUGCAUCUGACGAAACAGAAGGAGCAGGAGAUAAGAUUGAACAAACAGAAGUCGAUAAAGAGAAGAAGGAUGAUGAAGACAAGGAAGAAAUUAAAGUAACUGAACCAGUUGAAGAAAAAGAAGAGGAGAAAUCGAAAACUCAAGGUCCACCUUCGAAAAGAAAAAGGGGGGCUCGCAAAACCGCAGCCUCCAAUGACUCGAUUAUUGAAGAAGACAUGCAUCCUCGAAAAAAGAUACCGGUGGAGAAAAAGAAAACGGGACCGCAAAAAGCCGCCGAAGAAAAGGAUGACGAUAUAGAGGGUAAUGAUAAGAAAGAAGUGACCGAAACACGUUCAAUCAGACAGACGAGAAAUACAAGAUCCGCUGCUGUUCCAACACCUGUUGUAGCCCCUCGGCCUAAAGGAAGACCUAAAAAAGUUACUGCGAAGGCAACCAAGAGUGACGAAGCUGAUUCUCCUGCACCUUUGGAAUCCGUGACGAUAAUCGAUACAGAUAACAGUAACACGGCUGGAGAAAACCCUGAGAAAGAUCCUCUAGCCGUGUCUGAAGAAGAGGCAGACAAUGCCCAGCAGGCCACUCCAUCCAUAACCGGCUUUUCGUUCGACUACAAUCCGAGCAGUCCCGCCGUUGAGGAGCCUAAAAGAAGUCUUCGCAAACGGGGUAGGGAGAGCUUGGAAGUGGAAGCGCCAGAGAAGGAAAUCAAGAGGCCUAAAACGAAGGGAAAGAGAUUGUUGGGUCAGACCCUGAGAAAGAGUGUGGAAGAACGAAGGCAGCAAGUUGGAGAAGCAAGUAGCGACGAGAAUGAUUUGCCUAAAAAGGGGACGAAGGCGAAGGGUCUCAAGAAGGCACCAGCCAAGAAAAAGAUGUCAACGCCGUCUGUGUCGGAUAGUGACAACGCUUCUCAGAAGUCUGAGGCUAAGGUGAAGAGGGGAACUAAAACUACUCGUUUACUCAAAAAUCUGGGGGUGAAAGAUGAAGAUAUGUCUUCAAUUGCUGACUCAACAGCUCCUGUUCGACAGUCUAGACGUAUUGCCCAAAUCAAGAUUAAAGAGGAAGCGACAAGAAGACGUGUGGACGAUGAUGAUGGUUCUUCUAAAAAGAAAAAGAAGAAAUCAGAUGAUAAGGAUUUUAAAGUGGGCAAGAGAAAACGAAUAGAAGAGGAAGUGAAGCCAGCUCCUACGCCACCGAUGGUCGUCGAAAAAAAGAGAAAGAAGAAGAACAAACAUCAAAAGAUAUCGAUAGGUUGGAAAUCGAGCAGCGAAGAUAGUUGUGACUAUUCGUGUCAGGAUGAAGAGGAAGUGAGUGAGUAUGAAGAACAUCAUGAGGAGGAGCCCCUUCAGUUUAAAUCCGAUCAUGAAUUUUCACCCGAGAGUGAUUUGGAGUGCGAUGAACCUUUGCCACUUAAGAGGGCUAGAACAGUGAGAAAAGAAGAAUCAGACGAUGAGCCAGAUGAAGAGUUUCCAUGUCAAAAAUGCGGUAAAUCAGAUCACCCAGAAUGGAUACUUCUUUGCGAUAAGUGCGACAAUGGAUGGCACUGUUCCUGUUUGAGACCAGCACUAUUUGUCAUUCCCGAAGGAGAUUGGUACUGUCCCAGUUGCCAACACGAAACUCUGAAAGAGAAUCUCAGCCAGAAGCUGAUCGAGUAUGACAAGCUGAUGGUGAAGAAGGAGAUGGAAGAUCGCCGAAAAGAAAGGUUGGCCUACGUCGGUAUAAGUUUGAACAACGUGCUUCCUGCCAAAGACAAGAAAGAGAAGAAAUCUCACAAAUCUUCAGAAUCCGAUGAAAGCUCUAGGGGUAACACACCAUCCGCUUCUGAGGAAAGCGACAGUGAUGAGCCAAUUUAUCAGCUUCGGCAGAGGCGACAGGCUCACAGCUACAAAUUCCAGGAUUAUGACGAUCUCAUCAACUCUGCUUUGCAGGAGGAGCCUCCACCAGAAGUAGAAAAGACCCAUACCUUGGGUCGUGGUAAAGACAUCGCAACAAUAGUGAACGCUGCCAAAGAAGAAGAAGAGAGGAACGGUUUCGAAGAUCUGCCACCUGUCGUACCAAGGGAUCCCGAAGAAAGCAGGAAGAAGGCGAUGAGCUACAGGAAGAAACCGAAGAGAUUGAACAACUUGGAGGUCAACAGCGAUGAUGAGGCUGAUGAUUCUGAUGAGGAUUUCAAGGGAUCCAGCUCUGAAGGUACCGAGGAGGAAGACUACACUGAAGAUUCGGAUGAUAGUUUUGUCGGAAAGAAAAGUUCUCGACCAGUAAGACGCUCCACAAGAGCAAGGACAACAAGAUAUGACGCUGAUUUCAUCAACGAUGAUGACAGCGAUGAUAAAUCUUCGAAGAAAAAGAAAAAGAAGAGGUAUUUCUCUGAUUCUGAAUCUUCCAUCAGUGACGACUGGAGGGGAAAGAAGAAGAAGUCGAACAAGAGGUCAUUCCACAAGAAAUCCAAGAAAAAAAAGGUUUUCGAUGAUUCAGAUUUGGAAAAUUACAGGAAGAAGAAACCAAAAAUUAAGUACGGUAUGGAUAGUGAAGAUGACACAAAAGGAAGAAGAACAAGAGGAAAGAAGACAAGCUAUUUGGAUACGUUGGGAUCAGAUAGUGAAGAAGAAACUCUGAAGAAAAAAAUAAAGGACAAGAGUGAUGACGAGUAUGUAGCAGAGGAUGAUGACGAAAAAGAAAGUGAAGAAGAAGCUGAGGUCGAGAAGCCUAGUGGUGAUGAUGACGAAGAAGAAGAUGAAAUAAACAACAAGAAACGUUGUUCAGAAGAUUCUGAUUCUGAAAAUGAGGCCCUUGUGAUUAAAAAAAUCAAAUUGAAGAAGAAAAGAACAAUAAUGGAUAGUGAAGAAGAAGAGGAAGAAGAGGUUGAAAAGGCUGUGGAAUCUCCUGAACCGGUUAAUAAGCAAGAAGUCGACGAUGAAAAAUGCAAAAAACCUGAAGAAGACAAAGAGGUCGAGAAAGAAGUACCAGAAGAACCAAAAAUCUCGCCAAAAUUACCAGCGGUGCAACCCAAUGAGUUACAGAAACCAGCCGUUCUCCCUGGUCUGAAUGUAGAAAAGCUGAAAGCUUGCGGUAUCACCGUUACAAAAGUCGCUAAAGAUAUUGCUGGUAUGCCACCCAGUGCGGACAACAAAGAAACGCCCGGUAAGCUGAUCGAGAUCGGCGCUAAACCAGUGAUACCAAUCUUAAACCAAAGAAGCGGUCGGACUCUUACUCCAGUCAACUUGACAAAAAUAGACAAAAGAUUGGACGAACUGGAUGAAGAAGAAGUGGAGGAAAUGAUGGAAAACGAAGAAUACGCCAACAGGCAACUGGAACUGGCCGCUAUUCAGAUCAGAGAGGCCAAAAGAUUAAAACAGGAACUUGAAAAAAAGAAUGCCUCUCAACCGCCACUAGCCAUGUUGAAAAAACCGGUUGAUAUACAAAAGAAACCGAGCAGUGGUAGAUUCUUCAACAUGAAACCGCCCCAGGAGUCCAUGUUGGGCAGUUCUUCCUCCCUCGUUAUGGACAACGACGACGACAAUGACGAAUUAUCUGAACCUCCAGGUGUAACCCUACCUAUGUUCUCAGAACUCGGAUCCAUGAAAGUCCACAACCUCUCUAAAUCCAACAAUUCCAACAGGAGUCCUAUGAAUCACACACCACCUCCUCCGUCGAGUCCCAGUAGGGCAGUUCCAGUGUCUAUGCACAAUAUGCCUAUGGGACCGUCCCAUCCUUUAUCAGGAAACAUUCCGAUGAUGCCUCCGAAUUCUUUUGGAUCUCACAGACCACCCGGUAUGAUGCACCAGAUGAGGCCAAAUCGUCCCAUGGGAAUGAGAGGGAGCAAUAUGCUCCCCAUGAUGGGUCCCAGGGGACCUAUGGAUCCUAGAGGGCCUAUGGGGCCAAUGGAUGCCAGAAUACCUAUGGGACAGAUGGAUCCCAGAAUGUCUAUGGGACAAAUGGACCACAGGAUGCCUAUGGGACAAAUGGAUCCCAGGGGACCAAUGCCGCCAAUGGAGUCAAGGAAGCCUAUGCCACCAAUGGAGUCAAGGGGGCCUAUGCCACCAAUGGAGUCAAGGGGGCCUAUGCCACCAAUGGAGUCUAGGGGGCCUAUGUCAUCAAUGGAGUCUAGGGGCCCUAUGCCCUCAAUAGAAACUAGGGGACCUAUGUCAUCAAUGGAGUCUAGAGGGCCUAUGCCACCAAUGGAGUCUAGGGGGCCUAUGUCAUCAAUGGAGUCUAGGGGCCCUAUGCCCCCAAUAGAAACUAGGGGACCUAUGUCAUCAAUGGAGUCUAGAGGGCCUAUGUCGUCAAUGGAAUCUAGAGGGCCUAUGCCGUCAAUGGAGUCUAGAGGGCCUAUGCCACCAAUGGAGUCUAGGGGGCCUAUGCCACCAAUGGAGUCUAGGGGGCCUAUGCCACCAAUGGAGUCUAGGGGGCCCAUGCCACCAAUGGAGUCUAGAGGGCCUAUGCCAUCAAUGGAAUCUAGAGGGCCUAUGCCAUCCAUGGAAUCUAGAGGGCCUAUGCCAUCCAUGGAGUCUAGAGGGCCUAUGUCAUCCAUGGAGUCCAGAGGGCCUAUGCCGUCAAUGGAGUCUAGAGGGCCUAUGCCAUCCAUGGAGUCUAGAGGGCCUAUGCCAUCAAUGGAGCCCAGAGGGCCUAUGCCAUCAAUGGAGUCUAGAGGGCCCAUGCCCCCGAUGGAGUCGAGGGGGCCCAUUCCCCCAAUGGACCCCAACCAUCAGAGUAUUAAUGCCUCUUCAAUGGGCGUGAGUUUGCCAGGAAACAUUCCUAAUAUCGGGAGAAAUAUGAAUCUUCCUCCGAUGAGUUCUAGUUCUUCGAUCAGCAGUAGCAUACCUAUGGGAACUAGUGCGCCUGUUCCCAUAAGUUCUAUGGCCCCUUCGGGUACGAAUCUUUCAAUGAGUGCAUUGUCUUCUUCAGUUUCUGCCGGUCUGAACAUGACGAUGGGUUCGAACGCUCAUAUCGGAGCUAGUGGUGGCAGUUCGAAUGCCAAUGCCGGUUCUGGUCCCGUGCACGGAGCAAAUCCAGCUUCCUCGAUUAACGACAGUCCAGAUGGCACCCCCAAAAAGCGCAGAGGAAGAGGUAAACCGAUUUCAAUAGGAAAGGGCAAGAAGACCUUGGCAGCUGAGGCUGCCGCUGCUGCAGCAGCAGCAGCCGGCCUUCCUGCUUCAGAAGCGGCUAAAACUGGCAACAAUAAACCUCCACCAGCUGCCAACAUAGAGAUAGCCAGUCCACCUCAGCCUUUCUCUCAGAGCCAGCCUGCUCCUUCUGUCAUCACGAGGAUGCUGCAGACUUCCCCUGGCAAGGGAGCGUUUCCGGUUGGUAGGAUUCGUCCUAAGCAGUUUGCAAUGAUGCAGGACAGCGACGACAACGAGAGUCCCAGGCCUGCCGAGACUCAGGAGAAGGAUAUCUCACCACAUCCUGCUCCAGUGCCUCAUGGUAAUCAUCCUCAAGGGCACUAUGGUCCACCACCCGGUCAGUAUCCACCAAACUACUAUCCGAAGGAGGGGCAACAGCAGCCUCCUCCCCAUAGCUAUCACCAUCAGCGACCAGCCCCGCCCCCAAUGCAUCCAUAUCCUCCUCAUCAUUCUCAGCCACCAAUGGAACAACCUCCAAUGAAUCAACCCCCACUAGGGAUGUCUGAAGCACCGCCUUCCAUGGGGCAGUACUCUGGACCUCCCCCUCCUUCCAAGUCGCCUUACGAAGGUAUGCCUCCACAUCGACCACCCUACCCCAACACCAAUCCGGGGUAUAACUACGAUUACAAUGUACCACCCCCUGUUAUGGGAGAUGAGCGCGUGUCGCCUAAUUAUGACAACCCUUCCACCUAUCCUGAUCAGUAUGAUUCCACUUCAACCAAUCUGGACACUAGUGUGAAGAAUAUGGAGGAAGAGCCCAGCGGGGAGUUUGGAGGAUUGGUAUCUUAUUUCUCCAGUCAGCAUGAGGACGAGCUGGAGCAAUAGGAGACUUUCUUCAAUCAGUAUGGGGGAUGAGCUUGAGCAAUAGGUGCGGUAUUUCUUUCAUGGGCUCAUCUGAAGUUAUCAGUAUUACUUGGCAGGAUUUUAUCGCGAGAAAUAUAGUUCUUUUCGCUUUUAUUAUUCCAAAUGGCUUACAAAUUCGAAUAUUCAAAGUUUGAAAUUGUUCCUACUUUUUGAGAAAGCAGAAUUCCAAAUUAUUGCCAGGAAGGCGGAGCUUCCUAACUUCGGUUACUGAAGAGGGAGGGUCAAGUGUGCCAAGUAGGCGGAGCUUAAGCUUAACCGACAGUUCCGAUGAAGUUUUCCAGUGUUGAAGUUUAUUCUUUCAAUUUUAUAUGGAAGACAAGUGAACUCGAAAUUUUGUACUAUGUAAAAACAUUUUUUUAUUUAAUUAUAUUUGUACAUAAUUGUAUAUAUUUAGAAUUACCUAUAGUUUCUGAUAAUAACUGUAUUGUGUUCUCAGAUUAUGUGAAACUUGAUAGUUUUUAAAUGUUGUCCAAACCUUAUGGAAUAUGAAUAUUUAGAUAGAAAUCGAAAUUGUAUAGUGUAAAGUUAUUUGUACAAUAGAAUUUUGUGCAAUUCCAAAA